AUGCGCUGGCGGAUCGAGCCGGCGAAGCAACCGGCUAAGGGAGGCUGCGAAUCCGGCGAAGGGAGGCUGCGAAUCCGGCGAAGGGAGGCUGCGAAUCCUGCCAAGCAAGGCUCUGAAUCCGGCGAGGAAGCGCGAGACCCAGGCGGAGAAGUGAAGCCUUUGACUGCCGAGCAAUUGGAGCAGUACGAGUCCAUUUCGGAGUCCUCCGACUCUGACUCCUCCGAAGGCCUCGAAGACGAGGAAGAGGACGGCGACGAUGACGAGGAUGACGACGACGACGACAGGGAUGACGACGACGACGCGGAUGACAACGACGAUGAGAACGAUGACGAUGAAGAUGACGACGACGAUGUCCAGGAGGUCGUACAAUCCUCCGGUGGCCCUCCGGUUCAGUCAAUAGAUGAUGAGGACGAUGAGGAUGACGAAGAAGACGAGGAAGACGCUGAAGGAGGCGACGACGACUGCGAGGGAGAUGACGACGACAGUGAGGGCGAGGAUGAGAUAAUUAGCCGAAUCUUGCCUUUAUUUUCCUUAUUUGUUAAAGUUACCGGAGCUCUGAGAGCUGGGGCGGUGGAGUACCCCGAGCGACUGGGCCAGCCUGUGUGCCAGGUAUUUGUACUAUAUGAGGACGGGGAUGAGUACACUACUCGGGGCCAGUACACUACUGCGGAUCAGUACACUAAUGCGAAUCAGUACACUACUGAGGGUCAGUAUACUACUGGGGGUCAGUAUACUACUGGGGUUAGUAUACUGCUGGGGGUGACAUACUACUAA